AUGGCUGCUGCUUUUAGACCGGUGAACUCGCCACUACCUGCCGAGUUUAAGAUUGACGAGAAGAUGACGACGUCACCGACGACACCCAGGCCAAGUACCGCUCCGCAUCCUCAGACACCGCAGCCCUUGCCAGACGAUGCAAAGACGCCAACAAAGGCCACAUUCAGCAGCGGUAGCGGUAGUACCGGCCUAGCGUCGCAGAAGCCGCUUCCCAGCUCUCCAUUUCCCCAAGCUGUCCAGGUUCCCGAAAGCGCCGAGAAGGCCAAGACCCCCACAAGAGCAAACUCGCAACACUCUAGAAGAUCGAGGGACUCGGAGGAUGUUGACAUGGAUGACUCGGACGGCGAAGACGACGGCGCAUCUGACGAGGACAGCGUGAAUGCCGAUGGAACCAGAUCGAACAAGAAGAAGAAAUCACAGCGCUUUUACUGCACCGAUUACCCGCCGUGCAACCUGAGCUUCACUAGAAGCGAGCACUUGGCCAGACACAUUCGGAAACACACUGGCGAGAGGCCCUUUCAAUGUCACUGUUCGCGGCGUUUCUCCCGUCUCGACAACCUGCGACAGCACGCACAGACAGUACACGUCAAUGAGGACAUACCCAUAGACUCCUUGGCCGCAACGGGUGCGAGAUUCCAGAGGCAGAUGAGGACCGAGCGCGUGCGUCAACAAGGUGGUAGGGCCCGCGCUUCAACGGCUGGCAGUGCUGCUGGCCCGGUCAGGGGCCACUCAAAGUCGCUGUCGACAUCAAGCAUCGCCAGCGUCGGCUCCAUCGGAUCUGCUUUCGUCCCCCGGGAUGACAUUCGACGACGCCCCCCGCCUCUGGUCAUGGCCGACCCCCGGUCGCGAUUGUCCCUGGAGUCUUAUCGCAGCGCUGGAGACGGACCAUACGGCUAUCGCCCAGUCUCGCCCACCGACUACAGCACGCCGACUUCAGCGACAUUUUCGACCGGCCAGAGCAGCCCACGAUGGGGUUCGGCCAUUGCUUCCCCAACCACUUCGCACUCACGGUCCCACAGCAUGUACUCGUCUGGUUCGAGGACACCGGGAAGACGACUCAGUGUUCCGUCGGGUGUAAACCCUUUUCAGUCGCCGCAUGGUGCGCCAGUCAACAGGCUCGUUUAUGGCGCAGGACCCGUCAACUCGUCCAACAUGGGUGCAUUCUCUCCCGCACCUAGCAGUCACCUGGCGUCGCCCACCACCCCAACCUCUGGAUGGUCUGGCAGACGGGACUCUACAUCAUCCGCUGCCGACGAGGCAUGGCGCCGCCGAACUUGGCAUCCCGACACAAGAAACUUCAACACCAACACUAGCCAUCUCAGCAAUGUCCUCACACCUGGCCAAAUCCAGCCGAAUCCCGCGCCUCCCAUCGUCAACGCUCCCAACCCGCAACAAACCCUUCGGCUUCCCGGAAUCGAGUCAUUUGAUCCCCUGCCGUCGAGGCAAGUGUCCCCUCCGAGAAGGAUCCCUUCGCCAAUGAUGGUCGAUUCCGAAGCUGCCCGCCCGAGGGCACUUCUGCCUGGGACUGAUGCCGUCACUGAAGACCGGCGGAAUGUUUCCCAGUGGGACAUGGGACUGCACCGAGGCUUGACGAGGCUGGAUAUCACGUCCAACACGACACCGCCUCGUGACAGUGCUGGUGCGUGGGCAAACGAGGUGAAUCAGGCUGUACAGGCGCAGGCGGAGCAAGUCCGGCUUAACCCGCCCACCGUUAGGUUCGAGGUUGACCCGCCAUCAUAUUCCAACUCGGGUGCCUUUACCCGCAACCAUCAACACACGAUGUCUGCGCCUUCCAUCGCAUCUAGAGAGAACAAGCGACACGGGUGGUACCACGGGCCUGCCGGCAGCAGCAUUCACGGACCCCGACCGGAGGCGCCCAACAAUGACCCUCGCGGGCCGCAUGUCAACCGGAUGGUCCACCCCAACAUGACUGCUUUCUCCGGGUUUCCUGCCAGGCACCCUGAGCCGCAACAAUCCCAGCAGCAACAGCAGCAGCCGGGGAACCCUGACCCUCUGAGGCGGCUUGAGGCGCUUGUGGCGGUCGCUACAAGCGAGGGAACCACUGCCACUGCCUACUGA